AUGGAAUUGUUUGAUUCCAAACGGACUGGGUUCUUGUCUUUUGGUCCUUAUCUUUCUUCGGUUUGUGGUCAAGAUGGACUUGGGAAUGGGAAUUAUGAAAGGAUGAGAGAUAUUUAUGUGAUGUUUCAUGAAACUCUUUGUCCACCCACCGGUCAAUUAUCAUCAUAUGCUGGACAAUUUAUGGUUUCACGUAAACGAAUUUUACAUAAUUCGUAUAAGAAGUAUGAAGAAUUGAAAUUGAUUUUAGAAGCACCACUUGAACAUUGGAUUCAUUCAGAAGGAUCUUGGUUUACAUGGAAAGGUUCAACUGAUCAAGGACCUGCUUCGAAUCCUAAAGGACCGGUUUCUCCUUUCUUUGGUCAUGCACUUGAAAGGUCUUGGCCUUUGAUCUUUGGGUGUGUGGAUCCUUCGAUUGCUGAGAUUUGUUCGGAUGAAGUGAUUGAUAGUGAGAAAUGUCAAUGUUUUGAUUGA